ACUACAACCUUCAUUUCUCAGCCUUUCUCGGGCCACUGCAUUGAUUUGCACAGGCAGGGGCUCAACAUCUCUUCACUCGCUGCCUCUGUCAUUCUUAGAGUGUAGAGAACAUUGGUAUCAACAACAGAAGCCUCUAAGUCAUCUACGAUCUCCCCCCGCCUCAACACCAAAACAGUGCCAGCGACAUGCCUUCUGUAGCACAAGGAACGGUUUCGCCUCUCUGUGGACGAAAGAGGAGACGAGAAGAUGGACCAAAUAAUAUCGAAAUGCAAAUGAAGCUCUCUAGUCCGCACCUUCAACGUGCUUCCAUUCCCGAGCCGGCUCCUAUUUUCAAUACUGAAUUCAGCAAUACCCUACCUAAUGAACGAAAGCAACUGAUACCCCGAUCCCGCCGCCACGACCAGAAACGACAGCGCGUCGAGCCACAUGCUGUUGAGAACGAUCUCUACUUUACGCAAGAAAGAUACCCGCAUAACGCCAUAGAUCGAGCUGGAGAAGAUAGGAAGCCCAAGAUCGAUCUCAGCCCAUGCCAUAUCUGCCGUCGCAAACCGACCGUCAAGUCUGAGCUAGAUGCCUUUGCGGACUGCGAAGGUUGUGCGAGACGGACAUGCUACAUCUGUAUCAGGGAGUGUCCAGGCUGGGGUGCAGACAAUCAUGGAGUAAUGGAGGGCGAUUACAAUUCUCUGGAUUUCUCAUUCAAUGGAGCGGGGCAGGAUGUGGAGUUUAGUGGAAGGGCGGACAGAAUGGACACAGUGUAUGACAUUGAUGAUGGGUUCAGUGCGAAGACAGCCUGGAAGGAAGGAAGGACUACGGGGCACAGGCGCAUGGUUUGCAGUCGAUGCUGUGUAGAGAAAGGAACGGAAGGAGAGGUUUGUUGUUUGGGAUGCUUGAGGGCUGGGGAUGCUGGUUGAGAGGCUACAAUGUUUGGGGCAGAAGUUGAAACAGCUCAAGAGGCUGGACAAACAGCAAUUUGUGCGCAAGACAUUGGAGCAGGUUCUAGAUUAAGAACUCUCCUAGUGUCUUCCUUUACUGAUACGAGGAGUGAGAGACUGAGGAGGAAGACGCAUGCAAGGCCUAUUUUCACACCAUCCAAAGAUACCCGGACGCGUUGUUGAAAACCGUGAGAUAGAGAUUAAUGACAAAAGACUUUUUGUUACUCCAUGG